CUUCACAUUCACGGCUCUCUGCUGCGUUCUCAUGACGCUUGUGGCCCUCUUUGCUUCUGCGACUAAGCUAGCCGGCGUUUUGGUUACUAUCACCGUCGCCGCCAAUGCCUUCUCCUUCAAUCGCUACCGGAGAAAGAAUCUCCGCCCGUUCCGUUCCCCCAUUGAUGAGUCCUCUGAUGUUCUCGCCGACUUCACAUCUACCGAGGGCGAACGGGAGUUCUUCUUCGGCCUUGCGACAGCCCCUGCCCAUGUUGAGGAUCGCCUCAACGAUGCUUGGCUUCAGUUUGCUGAAGAACAGCCCUGUGAUACAUCAGAACAGGGCAUGCAGCCAGCAGUUGCCUUGAUGGGAUCUGCUGCUGGCGAUGGUGGGUCUCAGAAGGCUGCAAAUUUUGAAAAGGGAACUGAUAAAGGCAAGCCUGUUAAGAUAGCUAUGGAAGCCAUGAUUAGAGGAUUUAAAAAGUAUGUUGGAGAAGAAGAAGAAGAGGUUGAGCCAAGUGAUGAGUGCCAUCAUAACGUAGCUGCAUGGCACAAUGUCCCUCACCCAGAAGAGAGACUUAGGUUUUGGUCUGAUCCUGAUACAGAGCUGCAACUGGCUAAAAAUACUGGGAGCAGUGUGUUUCGAAUGGGAAUAGAUUGGUCUAGAAUCAUGACUCAGGAACCAGUUAAUGGGCUUAAAGCUGCUGUUAAUUAUGCAGCAUUGGAGCGGUAUAAAUGGAUCAUCAACAAGGCUCGUUCAUAUGGCAUGAAAGUGAUGCUUACACUGUUUCAUCAUUCCCUUCCCCCAUGGGCUGGGGAUUAUGGAGGGUGGAAGCUAGAAAAAACCGUUGAUUAUUUCUUGGAAUUCACUAGGCUAGUAGUUGACAGCACAUUGGAUAUGAUAGAUUAUUGGGUGACGUUUAAUGAGCCUCAUGUCUUUUGUAUGCUUACUUACUGUGCUGGUGCCUGGCCUGGAGGUCAUCCUGAUAUGCUUGAAGUUGCCACCUCCGCACUGCCUACUGGUGUUUUUCAACAGGCUAUGCAUUGGAUAGCCAUUGCACACUUGAAGGCCUAUGACUAUAUCCAUGAAAAAAGUAACUCGUCAAGUGCCAUUGUCGGAAUCGCACACCAUGUCUCUUUUAUGCGGCCGUAUGGUCUUUUUGAUGUUCCUGCUGUUACGUUGGCAAACUCUUUGACACUUUUCCCAUAUGUGGAUAGCAUUUCAGACAAACUUGAUUUCGUAGGCAUAAACUAUUACGGACAGGAAGUGGUAUCUGGGACUGGGCUUAAACUCGUAGAUUCAGACGAGUAUAGUGAAUCUGGACGUGGGGUGUAUCCUGAUGGGUUAUAUCGCAUGUUGCUUCGGUACCAUGAAAGGUACAAACAUUUAAAUAUACCAUUUAUAAUUACUGAAAAUGGGGUAUCCGAUGAAACAGAUUUGAUCCGUCGGCCAUAUUUGAUUGAACAUUUGCUUGCUGUACAUGCUGCCAUGAUCAAGGGUGUUCCUGUACUUGGUUAUUUAUUUUGGACCAUCUCUGAUAACUGGGAGUGGGCUGAUGGUUAUGGUCCUAAAUUUGGACUUGUAGCAGUUGAUCGUGCUAAUGAUCUCGCCCGAAUACCACGUCAAUCGUACCACCUAUUCUCUAAAAUAGCAACCUCUGGUAAAGUUACCCGUGAAGAUCGUAUACAAGCAUGGAAUGAUCUGCACAGAGCUGCCAAACAGAAGAAGACCCGGCCAUUUUAUCGGGCUGUUAAUAAACAUGGUUUGAUGUAUGCAGGAGGCCUCGAUGAGCCUAUUCAGCGGCCUUACGCCAAAAGAGACUGGCGGUUUGGUCACUAUGAGAUGGAAGGCCUGCAGGAUCCAUUAAGUCGCUUAUGCAGAUCCUUUCUCUGGCCUCUCUCUGUUUUCAAAAAAAAGAAAAAGAAGACCACCAAGGAUAAGACAAGGUUGCUUCUUAGACCUCUUGAAUUCUAAACUCAACUCAUUCUAUGGUCUUUUCUCCUCAUAUCAGGUAAUGUACUACAAGUCUAUAAAACUAAACUUAAUCAAUGUAAAGUAAAUUUCCAAUAGUAUACUUGCCUAAUAAUAUCUAGAUCUUAUUCUUCUUUUAUUAA